AUGUCCACUGUCAUAACUGGUAUUCUUGUAGACACAGUUUACAGAACUGAUAAGCACGGUUAUCUUUCUCAUAUAAAGAUUGCUAUACUGGUUGACGCACUAGUGUUAAUGUUGGCUCGGUACAGCCAAAAAAUCGUAUGCAGGGAGGAGACUUUUCUACUAAGUAUUUUCAUUGCCGCAUUGUUGUUAUUCGUCUACUUGAUGAUAUCUUACCUCUAUCCAAGAUCAAGAAGAAUGCGAUCGUGUAAUUUUGUCAGCAUCGAGUUACCACCAGCAGUCUACAAAAACAAGGAUUUGAAUGGAGUUGGAUCAGGUCCGAAUGGCGCCCCAACACUUCCGUCACUGUUUCUCACACCAACCGAACUCGCUCUGUUCUCACAUGAACCACCGGCUCCUCAGAGAGGUCUGCUUCUUUCACCAGAGGAACGAAUGUUACUUCGAGCAGAAAGCAGGAGUGUUUGCUCUCUGAAAGGAAAAGAAUUGUCUCUAUGCAAAUGGAAAUACAGUGAGAAUGUGAUGAAUAUGGAAUCUGCAACGAGAGAAUUUAGAACAGGGGAUACAACAGUUGGGACCGUGGAAGUUGCGAAAACUGUUGCUGGCGCGACAAUGAACACAGCAGACACAGUGGACGUGGAGAGAAAAUAUAAAAGGAAAGGAGCUAAAGCGGACGCUGAAGCAGGCAUGGAAUUCGAUUAG